CGGGAGGUGGGCUGCAGCGUGGCGGGGAGCGAGGGGCGCCCGCGCACCUUCCGGGGGAAGCCGCGUCCCUCGCCUCUCUGUCUCCAUCCCCGCCGAGCGCCGCGAGAGACGGUGACUUCCAUGGCGGGAGAAGCAGAGACGUUUGCUGCCCAGCGUGGAAGGCUCUCGGGAAGGAGCUGUUCUCCGGGGGGCCUGCCUGCCCCCGGCCCGAGCGCAGGGGUGGCCGCUGCUUUCAGGGCAGCCGCCUUCCAGCCGGGCCUAGAACCUAGGCAGCCUCGUUAACAGAAGUCAGCCUUUGAGUCCUGAGUCAAGACACCUUGAAAAACAGGAAGGUGGACCAAAAGGAGUGGUAAAUGAUGCAUCGUGAACGAGUCAAUCAAGAUCGAAGGAGGGUAUCCACGGCAUUUAAGAUGGGACUCCCCCCGCCCCCACCCCCAGAUCCACAAAGCGCCUGUGGGUGAAAGCGGGGUGCACAUCUUUCCUCUGUGAAGGUCAGAUGUAAUGUGCUGAGCAGAUCUUGUGCUCUCCUCUUGUCUGUCCACUUUGCCUAUAGGCUUUCGUGACUUUCUACAUGAUUUCACUUACGGUUUUGUCAGAAUUUAAGUUGAAGUAAAAUUUUACUGCUCUAGAGAAAAAAAAGACAAUUGUUCAUCUGCAUCAGCAACAAAGAGGAAUUCUUUUACAUAGCUGUCAUUUAUGAAAGAAACAAAAAUAUCAAGUAUCUAGGUAUCAGUCUAAUGAAACACGUGGAAAACCUUUAUGCAGAGAAGUGAGAGACAUUAGAGGAACUGCUGUGGAAAUGUGGAAAUGCACCCUUUGGGGGGCCAGAAGACUCAAUAUUGCAAAGGUGUAAACUUCCCCCAAAUUCAUCCGUAGAAGGAGGUGGGGCUGGCCUUAGCAAACUGACUCUGAGAUUUACAUGGGAAUCCAAAGGGGCAAGAAUAACCAUCUAAGUCAGCUACAAGGAUUUAAAAUGGCCAUUGGGAUUUUAAAACAACGUAGGCAUUAGGGAGGUUCUCCAAGUGGCUGUUGGCGGGGGCAUGUGGGGUGGGAGCAGUUGCAGGAUUUGGGAGUGCAUUCCCUCCUCCCCCCAGAUGUCUACUGGCCCCUUCUAAGGGCCAGCCCCAGGCGCAGGGGGAUGGUGUCCUGGAGGUGGGACCCAGUUCCUGCCCCCCCCAAGCUGACCCUCCAGUGAACAGACAUGACAAUGUGUGCCAAGAGCGAGGGGACACUCGGCUACAAAGGGGAAGCUGGAGCAGGCUGGGGUUUCCUUUCUUUCUCAACUGUGAGAACCUGUUUCCCUGCCGAUGUGAGAUGCCAGAAGAGGGAAAAGGGAGAAGGCCCAGGAGGGCCGCACAGAGGACCCCUCCGUCGGGGCCCAGAGCACAGCAGGGCUGGACAGUCAGCCCCGGAGGAUGCAGACAAGGUCAUGCCAGGCUGCGGACCAUGUCGGUGAGGGACAACCACACGGAGGUGACCGAGUUCAUCCUGGUGGGCUUCCCGGGCUCCCUGGGGCUCCACGCCUGCCUGCUCGCGCUGUUCCUGCUGGCCUACACGCUGACCCUCACGGAGAACCUGCUCAUCAUCGCCGUGAUCCGCGCCAGCCCCGCGCUGCACAAGCCCAUGUACGUCUUCCUCAGCCACCUGUCCUUCCUGGAGGUGUGCUACGUCUCGGUCACGGAGCCCAAGAUGCUGCUGAGCCUGGCGGCGCCCGAGUUCCGGCGCAUCUCCUUCGCCGGCUGCAUGGCGCAGCUCUACUUCUUCCUGGCGCUGGCCUGCACCGAGUGCGCGCUGCUGGCCGCCAUGGCCUUCGACCGCUACGUGGCCGUCUGCAGCCCGCUGCGCUACCCCGCCAUCGUGGGCCCGCGCCUCUGCAGCCUGCUGGCCGCCGCCUCCUGGUGCUCGGGCUUUGCCGUCUCGCUGGGAAAAGUCUUCUUCAUCUCCCGCCUGGGCUACUGCGGCCCCAACGUCAUGAACCACUUCUUCUGCGACGUGUCCCCGCUGCUCAACCUCGCGUGCUCGGACAUGUCCACGGCGGAGCUCAUGGACUUCCUCCUGGCGCUGCUCAUCCUGCUGGGGCCGCUGCUGCUCACCGCCUCCUCCUACGCCGCCAUCCUCCGCGCCCUGCUGCGCAUCCCGUCCGCCGCCGGCCGCCAGAAGGCCUUCUCCACCUGCGCCUCGCACCUGGCCGUGGUGGCCAUCUUCUACUCGGCCUCCCUCUUCAUCUACGCCCGCCCGCGCGCCAUCUACUCCUUCGAGUACAACAAGCUGGUGUCGGUGGUCUACACGGUGCUCACGCCGCUCGCCAACCCCGUCAUCUACUGCCUGCGGAACCAGGAGGUGAAGGAGGCGCUGCGCAGGGCGGCCCAGGCCCUGGGGGCCUCCUCCUAGGGCCUCCCCGCGGGGACUCGCCCGCCGACCCUCGGCUCCCGACCGCCCCGCGCCUCUCCAGCAACUGCGCGAGCUGCCGCGGGGAUGCUGGGCUCAGGGGCUGAGGUGGGGGCAGCUAGCGCGUGUACCCCGGUCCUGCCCCUGCGUCUGGGCGGGUCCGUCGGGGACCACGGACGUCAGGUGAGACCACGCAGCCCUCACCACCCGACCCGGCGCCGCCCAGAGCCGGUGGCAGGCAGGGCCACCCACGUGUCCCCCCAGUACCCCGGGGUUCAUAUCCUGCUGUGUGUCUCCCUUCUUAUAAGGACGUGUGGAAUUAAGGGCCCACCUUACUCCACUGUGACCGCAUCUCGACUGAACUAAUUCCAUCUGCCAUGAUGUAUCUCCAAAUAAGUUCACACUCCGAAUACCAGAGGUAGGAGUUCAACAUAUUCUGGGGACACAACUCAACCGGUAACAGACCCAGAUAUUAAAUAUUGGAGCUCCUCAUGUUAUGUUAUGUUUGUUUCAUUUUGCUUUGUUUUCAGAGCAGUUAUAAAUUUACAGA